AUGGACCUGGACGAUCCUGGUGAGGAUUCAAAUUCUCUGGAAAUAAAUCAAAUAAAUCCUUCAUCACCAAUUCUUGAAACAAGAAGAAGUAGCAGAAUUAGAAGUGUGCACGAUUCUAGCAUAAUCACAGGCCAUAUUGUACAGGAAGAAAAUAGUAGUAAUAGUAAUGAUAUAGAAGUAGUUAAGACUGAAGAUAUUAAAGUGGUGGAUGUCAAGUGUAACAAAAAACGAGCCCUAAGUGUCUCAGACGACGACGAUGAUGAAGAGGGUACUUUAUGUCCAAUAUGUUUCGACUAUUGGACUAAUUCAGGUGACCAUCGCUUGACAUCUUUAAAAUGUGGGCACUUAUUCGGACACUGUUGUAUCAAACGUUGGCUCAAAGGCGAGACUAAAAACUGUCCGACUUGCAAAAUGAAAGCACACAUGCGUGAUCUGCGUUUUAUUUACGCAAAGACUCUCAAAGUACAAGACACUAGCGAGUUAGAAUUCAUGAAAGAUAAACUAGAUAAAGUCAUAGCCGAGAAAUGCAAGUUGGAACAACAGUAUCAAUCCUGCAUUAUUAAACUACAAUUACUCUCAGAAGAAAAUGAAAAACUUAAACAAUGCUCCAUUACCCCGAGUAGUACUUCCUCUAGUCAUUGUAAAACUCAAUUAAUCGAUUUGUAUAAAGAUAAGACUAUAGAGAUGUCCAGCGAUGCCGGGUGUAGAGUUUUUUCAUACAAUCCGCAUUAUCAAUUGCUGGCGGUGUCACAGAAGUCUCAGGGGAAUAUUUUUGUUGGUUUCGGAGUCAAAUUUAUGACGUUCCAAAAAAACUAUCAUCCUAGUCGUCAUACAGAAAUUCAAUUGUGGUCUUGCUGUUGGGAUGGAUGCAACCCAAAUUUAUUUUAUGUGGGAGGACAGUCGGGAACAUUUUUGAAAUUUGAUUUAAAUAAUGCACAGGAGUGUCUGGAUACGUUCAAGCUCGAUGACAUGUCACCAGCCAUUUCCAUACGUGCAGUUCCAGCCUCACCAGGUGCCCCUUUGCCCUACGGAGGAGUCUUAGUGUGCACUCUGAAAUCCUGUUGGGUCGUGGACACAAUUGAUACAUCCAAAAAGACCUUCAAGUUGCCCUUCGAAGGCUCCUUUGUCAGUCUGUCCUACGACAGAAGUUCCGAUCAUAUACUAAUAUCGGCGAGGCCCUGUUCCAAAUUCAAGAAUUCAAGACACAUCGUGGCCACUUUGGAUAAAGUCGAUGACAUCAUAACCGCUCGAAUGGUGCACGAAUUCUUGGGAGGACAGUUUCAGGAUGUUAUGUCGAGAUCGACACAGAUAAUCUUCAACAACGAGCACUACGUGGCAGUCUACGACAACCACUACAAGAGCUACAUCAUCUGGAGUAUGAAAACCGAGAGGAAGGUCAAGACGCUGCCAGUAUCGAAUCCUGUUCUCGAUCUGUGUGCAGCACAAGUCGAUUCGAAUAUGUAUCUUUUAGCUUUAACCGAGACCUCUUUGUAUUUGUAUAGGACGAGAGUGGUCGUUUGA